UAUCACUACCACUCACACACCUUCGCUCUCUGUUUCCUCUGCUCCUGUAACAUACCACGCCCAUAGGACCACUGUCAGAGCAGUUCAUCAGCUUCCAAACGUCUCAAAGUCGUCUCUUAGCCGCCAUGGCGGAGCUCAACAGCACAAAGCUUAACGCAGAGUCGCAUCUGCUGCUUGACCAACCCCUCCUGCGCAUGCCCUACGAGCUCUCACGACGUAACUUCAAGAACGCCCAACGCCUAAUCGAACACUCCACAACCUCUCUCACAUCCACCCUUUCCUCGACCACAAAGAGCGCCUCCAAAACCGCGGACCCCACACAAACCCUCGAGUCCCUCGAUGCCAUGAUAUCGAAGAUGCAAGGUCUGAAGCGCAAGCUAUCAACGCUACAAGAGGAAGAGGCGCGACUACACAAAGCCGCCAAAGCGCGACUACAACACCUGCAAGACCUACACGAUGUUCAGAGCCUAGUAGACGUCAAAUACGACGAAUGGUCUCGCGUCCGUCUAUCGCGGCUACUGGUCGACUACCUCCUGCGCGAAGGCUACGCCUCCAGCGCCGCCUGCCUCGCGCAGUCCAAAGGCAUCGAAGACCUCGUCGACGUCGACGCCUUCAUAUCAUGUCACAAGAUCGAGCGCAGUCUACGCGAGGGAAUGAGCACGGCGCUGGCGCUCGAGUGGUGCAAGGAGCACGGCAAGGAGCUUAAGAAGGGAGGGAGUAUGCUGGAGUUUGAGCUCAGGCUGCAGCAAUAUAUUGAGAUGGUUAGGCAGGGGCAUGAGAGCGGGGUGUCGGGUAUGGAAGGCGAGUUUGGCAGGGAGGGGGUUAGUGUUGGGGGUGGAGGUGGGGAGCAGAAGUUGGUUGAGGCGAGGGCACAUGCGAAGAAGUAUUUGAGUGCGAGUGGAGAUUUUGAGUUGCUGGGGAGGGCGGCGGGGUUGUUGGCUUACAGGCCGUGGGAUGAGGUGGAGCCUUAUGCUUCUCUCUACUCCCCCUCCCGCUGGUCCCACCUAGCCUCCCUCUUCCUCACAACCCACCACAACCUGUACUCCCUCCCGCCCCGCCCUCUUCUCCACAUCGCCCUCUCCGCCGGCCUGUCCGCGCUCAAAACACCGGCCUGCCACUCCGCAUACACAUCGUCCUCUGCAAAUGCCUCCUCAUCCACCACAACCGUCUGUCCGAUCUGCAGCACCGAGCUCAACGAGCUGGCUCGCAACGUGCCAUAUGCACACCACACGAAGAGCAUCGUGGAGAACGACCCGGUGGUGCUGCCGAAUGGCCGGGUCUAUGGAAGUGAGCGGCUGAGGCUGUUUAAUGAGAAGGUCGGGACGGAGAAGGGGUGGGUGCGGGAUCCGGUUGCGGGGAAGACGGACGAGUUGUGGAAGGAGAGCGAGGUGCGCCGGGUGUUCGUUCUGUGAGUAUCAAUUUCUGGGUAUCUUUUGCGUGGCAUAGCGCGGCGUUUGGGUAUCAUAUCUGUGGUCUGUCACCACUCGGCUUCACGAGCAUCCCACCUCUUCUUCCAAUGAAAGCGAG